GUCUGGACACCGGGCGACCGACGCUCCGGUGCGGCGGGUCGGUGCACGCUAUGAGGGGAACGACGAGGGCGCGGGGGUGGUCCCGGCGGUGUCGAUGAAGGCGGACGAAUAACGGGUCGCCAUGAAUGACAGGUACCACAAGGCGGCCCGGGACGGCUACCUGGACCUGCUGAAGGAGGCCACACGCAAGGACCUCAACGCGCCCGACGAGGACGGCAUGACGCCGACGCUGUGGGCGGCCUACCACGGGAACCUGGAGGCUCUGCGGCUCAUCGUGGCCAGGGGAGGGAAUCCUGACAAGUGUGACAUUUGGGGCAACACACCACUCCACCUAGCCGCUGCCAACGGCCACCACAACUGCCUUUUCUUCCUCGUGUCGUUCGGGGCCAACAUAUGGUGCCUGGACAACGACUACCACACUCCUCUGGACAUGGCCGCCACCAAGAGUCACAUGGACUGCGUUCGCUACCUCGACUCCAUCGCCUCCAAGCAAAUGGGCCUCAACCCCAAGCUUGUGAACAAGCUGAAAGAACGAGCGUUUCGAGAUGCCGAGCAACGCAUCAAAGAGUGCGCCAAGAUGCAGAAGAAGCACCACGAGCGCAUGGAGAAGAAGUUCCAAAAGGAGGCGCCCGAGGCGUCCGUGUCGGACGUCAUGAGUUUUUCCAGUUACAGCAGCGGCUCUGUUAGCCACAAGCUGCACAACUUCACCACAGCCACCGUCAGUGUGCCAUAUUCACAGGCGACCCUUCAUGCCACAAACCGAGGAAAGACGAAGAUCCAGAAGAAGCUGGAGAAAAAGAAACAAGGAGACGGGAGCUUUAAGAUCUACGAGGAUGGGAGGAAGAGCGUGCGCUCCCUCUCUGGACUCCAGAUGGGCAACGACGUCAUGUUCCUAAAACCCGGCACAGACGGCAACCCCAGGGAUUACGGCCGCCGCAACGUCCGCGACAUGUUCCCCAGAGACCACAACGACGACGCCAUUUCACGUGCCACCAGCGAGCCGGACCUCCACGGGACCAAUGCGGACCUCUCGGAGGUCAGCACAGACUCGGGACACGAUUCCCUGUUCUACCGGCCCGGUCUGGGCACCAUGGUCUUCAGGAGGAACUACGUGAGCGGGGGGAUGUUUGACCUGGGCGAUCCAGAUGGAGCUGACGGCUUGAGCAACACGGUGCGUCUACGCAGCAGGCUGCACCCUCACCGCAGCCUGGAUGAGGACAGCAUUGGAAGUGCUCGCAGCCUGCAGGAGAGGAACAUGGAGGAGCUUCCCUGGGAGGAGGUGGAAUUGGGGCUGGAUGACGACGACGAAGCCCACACCAGCCCGCUGGAGGUCUUCUUGGCCACGCAGAGCAUGAGCGAGUUCUUCUCCAUCUUCAGGAGAGAGAAGAUCGACCUCCAAGCGUUGCUGCUGUGCUCCGACCACGACCUCAAGAGCAUCCACAUCCCUUUAGGACCGAGGAAAAAGAUCUUAGAUGCCUGUCAGAGACGCCUUGAGACAAUAGAGGACCCAGAGUGCAUUGAAGACACUGAACUAUGAUCCAAGCAGAGGUGUGAUCAUCAAUGCAGACAGAGACAACAAAACCAUCUACCUCUAACGUGGAAAGGAUCAAUGCAAACAUUCAAAGUCGCAUGGUCGAACAAACUUGUUGUGUCAUGGGACACGUUUGCCCCUGUGGGGUUCACUGAGACUCUUGUGCCUGUGCAGUCUGUUGUUUUACUAUAAACACACUUGACAAGCAUUUUUUUUCCAGCAUGCUCCCCCAAUGUUGUUAAUGUAAUCUCAUAUUUAAUUUGGCCUCGUGUUUACACAUAGCAAACCUGGUCUCUGCCAAGGCAGGACAACUGCAUAUUUGCAGUUGUGAUUGACUUGAGAGUGUGUGAACGCGUCCCUCGAUAACUUUAUAAUGCUUGCCUAUCAUCAUUUGCUGUACUUGCACACUCUGUGUAGUGCAUGUCGAGUCAAUAUUUAUGUAGAUAAUGUCAGUCAUAAGUUCAUAACAAUAUAUGUAGAGACUUUUAUGGUCUCCGUGUACCUCUCUGCACAACAACAACACAUUGUUAAUGUGUUAGUAUUUGGAUUAGAUUAUGUAAUA